CUGUUGGAAGCGGAAUAUCACUUAUCUUAUCGUACAUGGAGACCGACGAUGGGGGUAAGGGGGAAGGAGGUUGGCACAGACGCACACACAUUCACACGCAAACGCACCGACACACACACACACACACACACACGCAUAGUCCUUCCGAUCAGACCUCAGCCAUCCCUCGUCUCUUUUCCUCGUAAUCGAAGCACCAUCGAGGCCUAAGAAGCUGUCGUGGGCGUGUCUGUGUGUCUGUGUGGCUUGACUCGUGAUAACGGCGACCUGUAGUGCUCUCCUCGGCACCCGACGCAUCGUUCUUUGGUCUUCCUUUCCUCGCUCUUGUUUUGGCGUUUGUUCUGCUCGUCUCCUCGCGGCGUGACGUGGAAGAGAUGAGCGAGAAGGUGCAGCGCGCCAUCUCCAGCGGCGUGGUGGUGCGGACACAGAGCGGCUACAGGUGCGAGGUGUGUAACAAGAGCUUGACGGAGGUCGAACUCGAACCCCACCUGCGAGGGAAGGACCACUUCAAUAACCUCGCCUGGGAAGCGCUGAGGAGCCCCGCCCCCCAUCCCUUCCUCCUCGAUGACAUUCCUCGUGUCGUGCUUGAAGCCAAGCAAAGAAAUGAACUGGAACUUGUAGACAAAACGGUCUUCUCCUACAGAUGCCUCGUGUGCCCCAAGAGGCCUCUCUCCAACGGGAUAAGGCCGCUGGAGACUCACUUGAAGGGGAGAGAACACGAGAAUGCUCAGAAGACGAUGAACUUUUCCCCCAUAUCUCCUUACGAUCCCAAUCCUCUGCCCAGUGCUGUCCCCCACCUGCAGCUGCCGACCCCCAGUCAAGCUUCAAACAUUCAAAACACUCAGCCAAGCUUCGCCUCUCGAAACCCAGAACGAGAGCAAUACCAGUCCCCACCUGGGCAGCAUCCCUCUCACGCACAAGCCCAGUACCCUCCAACAGAUGGUCUCCAGCCUCGAUACCCUUCAGUUGACCCUCAAUACCCUUCUCCUAUGCACCACUAUAACCCAACACCACAGCCGUACCAGGCACUACUCGAGAGCCAGUAUCCCCCCAUCAACCAGCCCCCAGCGAGUGGUGGCUUGGUCGGAGAAACAGGACCCGAGCUGCAGCGUGCCCUGGACGAGGGCACGGUGCAGAGGGGUGACGGGCAAACGUUCAAGUGCCGCGUCUGCGCCAUAAGCUCCACCGGAGUCGCCCCGUGUCUAGAGCACCUGAGAAGCGCCAAACACAAAAAGAAGGCGCAGGCGCGGACGCAGCAAUCACUACCUCCCAACAAUCCACCUCAGCAGCAAUACCCAGCCUCCCAGGUCCAGUAUACCACCAGUUCUCAUGCCCCAGCGAGCACUUUGCCCCACGCUUAUGAAGUAGGCACCUUCAGGCAAAACUCUCCAUUGCCUGCUGCAGCCAGUCUCCACGCCUUACCAUUGUCGAGUGGUGGCUUGGCCGGUGCCGCAGGACUUGACCCCGAGCUACAGCGUGCCCUGGGCGAGGGCGUGAUGGAGAGGGACGACGGCCAAGGCUUCAGGUGCCGCGUUUGCGACAAGAACUUAACCGGAGCCGCCCCUUGUCUUGAGCACUUGAGGAGCGACAGACACAAAGGGAGGGAGAGGACGGGGACGCAGCAACCACUUCCUGAUUUUGGACGGCUAACGAUACGUGGCGACCAAGUGCCCGGGAGCAACUUUGAUUCGCUGCCGAUCGGCGUUGGGAGAACAGUGGAUCAGGCUGACGGCUCGUGGGUGUUCCCGUGGCGGGUGAUGACGGGGACGGGACCUUUUCUUCCGUCUGAAAGAGUGUACCGCAACCUCUCGAUGCCCCGCGGCCUGGUGCUCAUCUUCAACUACUGCUUCCCCGGACACGGACGACAAGAGCGACACGGCGCCAAACGGGACUCCUUUAAUAUCAAAACGCUGUUUCACCGCAUGGGCUACCUUGUGUAUCUAUACGAAGAUCUGAGGAAGUCCGAGACGGAGCGGGCCCUCGCCAGCACCCAGAACAACCCCUGCCUGAAAGAUUACGGCUGCCUUAUCGUGUUCAUUCUGAGCCACGGGAAGGACGACCAGAUUUUCUUCACCGCCAGCGGGCUUGAGGAAGAUUGCAUGAGGCUGGAUGACGUGCGUUACAGAUUCACGGACACCGGAUGUCCAGCCCUCAAGGGUAAACCCAAGCUGUUUUUCGUCAACUUUUGUCGCAACAAACGGCAGACCGGCUACGACGGCAUGUCGCCCCCGCAUUUGGAGCCGCUGGACAUGAUGACCCUGUAUUCCUGCAUCAACACCUUCCAGACGCCGCGAGACCCAGAGCUUGGCACCUUCUUCGUGCAGGCGUGGUGCGAGGUGCUGGCCGCCCACGCCCACGACGAGGAGUUGCUUGAACUUCACUUCCGCGUUUCUCAACUCAUGCGGGAAAUGAAUGGCUCUGUUCCUGAGCAACAGGGAUACCACUUCAAAAAGUUUUAUUUUAACCCAGUCCAUGUGCAAUAGUGACUCCAGGCCGCCAGGAAGACCCUGAUGAACCAAAGGCCCAUGGACCCCUAGACACACACACACACACACACACACACACACACACACACACACACACACACACACACACACACACACACACACACACACACACACCCACUCACACACACACACACACACACACACACACACACACACACACACACACACACACACACACACACACACACACACACACACACACACACACACACACACACACACACACACACACACACACACACACACACACACACACACACAUUUAUUCACUCACACUUAUUUUACGUUCAGAGGUGAACGGUGCACUGCUUAAAAUGUUAGAGGAUGAGUGAUUUUUUUUUCUGAUUUAUUAAAAUUCUUUAAAAAUUGCAUGAACCGACCAUGAUUUCUCUGCAGCCGCCAACUUAACAAUAUUGUUUCCUCUUCGUGUUGGUCUGCUCACCUGCCCGCCGCGGGUGGCCUUGAGGGUGAGCAUCCUUGUGGUCAGGCGAGGUGUCCAUUGUGUAUCCCGAUCGACCUUUUUACCUGUUGGUCCGUGGCAGACUGCAUUUUAAGGAAAGUUGUAAGUCUUAAUUAACAGUAAAGUUAUUCAGUUG